AAAAAGAGCAGCAGUCCACAUACAGAACCUUCUUGUUCCUAUCUAUCUAUCUAUAAAUGCCCACGAAGUGUCGGCCGUUUAAUUUCUCUCUUUGUUUGAUUCUCUCUCUAGAGCGUUCUUUCUCUGUCUAAAGCUCCUCUAAUAUGGCGUCUCAAGCUAGCCUCCUCCUUCAAAAGCAACUUAAAGAUCUUUGUAAAAAUCCGGUUGAUGGGUUCUCGGCGGGGUUGGUUGAUGAGAAUAAUAUCUUUGAAUGGAGCGUUACCAUUAUUGGACCCCCUGAUACGCUUUAUGAAGGGGGAUUUUUUAAUGCCAUUAUGAGCUUUCCAUCCAAUUAUCCAAAUAGCCCUCCAACAGUGAAAUUUACCUCAGAGAUAUGGCAUCCUAAUGUUUAUCCUGAUGGGCUUGUUUGCAUAUCAAUUCUUCAUCCGCCGGGUGAUGAUCCAAAUGGCUAUGAGCUUGCAAGCGAGCGCUGGAUGCCUAUCCAUACAGUUGAAAGCAUAAUGUUGAGUAUCAUAUCAAUGAUUUCCAGUCCUAAUGAUGAAUCCCCAGCAAAUGUUGAAGCUGCAAAGGAAUGGAGAGAGAGGAGAGACGAAUUCAAGAAAAAAGUUGGCCGCUGUGUGAGAAAAUCACAAGAAAUGUUAUGAUCCUUCACCAACGUUUCCUCGCUGUUCGUGUGUACCAAGGAAUGCCUUCAUUUAUUAUGGUGGGAUUUUGUGGAGAGUAGGGGAGGGAGAUUGUAUCACAGGUUAAGUUGUUAUCCUUGUAGAACGCAUUUGAAAUUCUCACUCCGAUCUCUUCAUUUACCUUUUCCUUCGAAUGGUCAUUGUUAUAUCUCCAGAACAGCUCUGUACUGCAAGACAUUUUGGCUAGUGUUCAUCCCAAGUGGUGUUGUGCGUCCAUAUUUCAUUUUUUUAGGUCGGUGAUGUCACUUUGAAUUUUGUUUAAUGUUACGUUUUUGGCCAUUGAGGGUUA